CUUUGCUUGCCUAGUGGUGAGAUAGCGUACAGUAUGCAAUGGCGCCUUCAUAUGCUAUCCAACGGAAUUCGUUCUUGCUGGAUGUUCGCCAUUCCCACAUGCCAUGCCAGCUCGACACCUAUGGGCGCUGCUACUGUACUCGUUCUUCCGCACUCCAGCGGGAAUGCGCCCGACACCGACAGCCAUUCCGUUUCACGAAUGCGCAACCAAAGCGUGAACUCUCGUCUGUUGCUGGCCAGCAUGUAUGUCGCGUGCAGCGGUAAUCUCGUCCAAGGACGAAUAAUCUCUAUUCUCGACCACAUUCGAUGCGUGUUCAAGGCUAGGGUUGCCGAUCUCAUUUGAGGUAUGCUUGAACUCCUAGGCGGAUACCGUGCGACGCGUGUUUCCGUACGUUCUGACUGAUGCUCACUUCGUAGUGAUGGUUCUAGCAUACCAGUACAGUGCUUCCGCGAUAGCUGGGUUCGAAACAUCACUUGAAGCGAUUACGGAUAAAACCUGCUUUGGAUUCGACUGGUUGCUCCGUCGAUUAGGAACUUCCGAUUCGAAAUUCGUUGUUGAAGGACGAACAUAUAUUUUCAUUUGAGCACAAGGUGAUUCAGAAAAGCACAGCACAGCAUAGCACAACACAGCACAGCACAGCACAGCACAGCACAGCACCGCACAGCGCAGCACAGCACAGCUGAGCAUGGCGCCUGGGCGGGAACGAUCUCACCACGACGCGACUUUAAGUUCGAUCCAGGGGGCGGAUGAUGAGGAUUCGUCUGGUAACACAGGACGUGCCAAUCGUCGCCUGGCUCGCAGGAGGCGAAGGCCUUCGUUAGUACGCGCUUCGUUAUUGGAACUCAGCUUGCAGCCGUGGAGGAAGCUGGGUCCGCUCGUUAUCGUCACUGUGCUUUGUUUCCUGUUGGAUCAACAGCCGUUUCUGCAGUUGGCCCGAGUCGCAGCUCACAGGGACGCAUUUCACGAGCCAUCCCGUCACCCAUCACUGUACCACCUGCAUCGGACUAAUACCGAAGCGAGUUCAACCACUAACGAGGACGGUCACAGACGCGCUCCAGGCCAUUCGCAAGCUGUGCAAAUACACUCAGAGUCACCUUCAUUUUUGUCACACCAGGCACAUUCACAUUAUAUCAAGUCGCGGUUACAGUCACAGUCACGGUUACAUGAUACAACAUCACAGGCAGAGUCCCACACUCAAUCUCUGCCAUGGGCCGAGCCUCAGGGGUGGAUGAAUCCCUGGCUGAGGCAGCAGGUUCAGUCCGAGCCUGCAACAAUGGCCUGGUUGGAGGAGCCCGUGGCACAAGAGGCUCGUCCCCUGCCUCCGGCGCUGCUUGCUGCGGAGCCAGACCCUCGUAACGAGCCUGACCCUGCUGCCGAGCCUGACCCUGCUGCCGAGCCUGACCCCUCUGGCCUUGCUUCAGUGACCCCGACUCAGUGGCCGCAGUGGCCCCCGUGGGCUCAGUUGCCGCCGUGGGCUGAGAGGCUUCAGCGGACCCACAGAUGGAAAUCAGGCCCAGCGUGCUCCCCCAUCAGCUCAGCGGUGCUAAUCCCCGUGACCAGAGAAGCAGACUUCGAAAGGCGAAUCCGCCACCCCCCUUCCAAGACGGUCAUCCUGGAGAUGCGCAGCGACGUCACUCUGAGGCGCGGGCUGCUGUGGGGGCCCGCCUAUGCGUGCACCAUCCUGAGGUCGGGCGCCAAGGCCAAGGGGAGAGGCUUCCGGCUGUAUGUGCACCGCGUGGACGAGCCCCUGCUGCGGGUGUGGAAUACGAGCAACAUCAUUGUGCACCGCGUGCAGAUGUCACAGCCUUUCCGCUCCAGCUCACCUGCAUGCCCCAGGGAGAUCCCUGAUGUGGGAACGGACAUCAUCUGCCCUCUCAUCCACGUCCACCGCUCCUACGGCAUUCAGAUUGUGAAGGGCUACACCUUUGGACGAGUAGAUAUCGUUCGAGCCAUGCACAGCCGCAUCGACAACAUGAAGAUGACAGCCGUGCAAGAUGGGGAGAGGGGGAAUGGUGUUAUCCGGGUCAUGCUGUCGGGGUACGGGCCCUUGCUGCUACGCUGCCACGUGUACAUCACCAAUAAUGAAAUCUAUGGAGCAUUCGUCCCUGUGCUGCUUGAGUUUGGCACGGUGGGAGCAGUGGUCAGGAGCAAUCACGUGCACGACUUUGUGUUUGCAGCAAUCAUGUGCGGCAACAUGGUGCACUCGCAGGGUGACUGCAUGCUGAGCACCAUUUCCAACAACUUAAUCGUAGCCGCGGGUCGCAACCUAACAGGAGGGGGUGACGCCACAGGGAUAUACUUCGUGUUGCACUGGAUUAACCCGGGUAACCUGGCGGAGUGCAACUACAUCAUAGGGGGCGACCACUGCUACUAUUUGGACUAUGCCAGCUCGGGUGUGACUAUACGCGGAGGGGCUUGUAUCGACACGGCGGAUGGCAUGAAAGUCAACAAUGGGAAGUGGAACCGCAUCGAGCACGUGGUGAUGAAGCGCACGGUGCACACGCCUGGCUGGUGCACGUGCCUCACUGCUACAGUUUGCAACUGCCUCAAAGACCCCGGCAACUUCUGGGACCGCAUGCGCGCCAAGUACUACAACACUGCUGUGUUUCAGCAGAAAUGGCCUUGGAUGAAGACCAUUUGUAACGAGACUACGAUUAAUGGGGUUUCGUGUAACACAAAUGCGCCGGGCACCUUGAAGGGCUCGGAGACAGGCAAGUGCAGCGGGCUGCCCACAAAUAAUUACAUCGACCUGGUUUUGGUUGAUGUGCAAGAUGCGGAUAUGAAUUAUCGUUACUGCGAGAAGUUACCCAAUGCGCCCAAGUUCAACACGCAUCGGCACAUUAAUGUUACUUCUCUCUCGGGGAAAUUCAUCAAUUAUGGCAACAACGACCUGGGUGUUGUGAAGGGUUCAGCUAUUUUUAAACAGCGGCCAGGAUUCAAGAACUGCCCGAGGAAAAAUGUUGGACCUCGGAAGGUAAGGGAUAUAUUUUACCAUCAACAAUUUGGAAUUAAGAUGCCAUUGCAAUUCUUCCUAGUGAUGUGGACGAAUAGUAGCCAUUUCCAUGACCCUAGUCUUAUUGAUAAAUUGAGACGGUGAGGUUUGUGUUGCGUGUUAUCAUACUGAUC